UACAUAACUGAUAAAUUUUCUAAGAAUUUAGCAGUAUAUGCAUAUUGCAAAUUUUAGCGAGCCUCGUGGCCGCUUGGCAGUUGGCAAUGCAGUGUGUGCAUAGGUUGACACCGUCUGCACAGCACUGCGUUCCCUAGGACUGCGAGGUUGAUUGAGGUUUUAUUGUGCACUAUAUUCCAGGUUUACAAGCAGGAACCCAUCAUAACUUGAAGCUCGAUCGUGCGUUACUGGCCAUGCAAAUAACAUGAAGCGAGCUCAGACUAAGAGAACAACAGAGAACGUUAUCGGCUUAUUUAUAAGAAAGAGCAUGCAUAAACAGCAUGUCACUUACACGAGAAGCACAGUUAUAACAGACACUACCUAUCAAGUGUACUCCCGUGUCCUGUAGGAGGCUCUCUCAGCCAUGAGUGUAUUCAAUGCUCUUGUGAGCCCAACAUUGGGUAUUCUCGAGAUAGCUGGUGCUGCAUCUGGUGUCCCGUAUGCCCAAGGGGCUGGGAUGGCACUCCAGGCUAUCAACACCGCUUGCAAUCAAGUGGCCAUGCACAAGCGCAAGUCUGCCCAACUUGCUCACAGAUGCACAUCGCUGCUGAACCUGAUCAGUGAACACGCAGCUGGACCCGCUUGCGAUGAGAUGCGACCCUCGUUAGAAGACGCUGAAUUUGUUCUAUAUGCUGUACGAGACCGCAUACAGAAGUGGUCGCGAUAUAGCAAAGUGAGAAGUUUCUUCAAGAGCUCGCAAAUAGAAAACGACCUGGACAGGUGCCAGAACGAUGUGAAUGCAGCCAUGGAGCGCCUGCAUGUUAAGAAUCCCCUAUCAGUCAUGAUCAUGCAGAAGAAGUCUAUGGACAUCAUGAAAAUGAAUCAUGAUCGCAUCGAGGAAAGGCUGGCGCAGCUCAUCAUAUCCCCGCAGCAGGUUUGGGACGCUGUUCAACGGCAUCACGCUGGCGGUCAGGAUGCCCUUGAUCUCAUGAGGACCGGCCAGGAGCGUUUGAUACAACUACAUUUACAAUCACCGCCUGAAAUCUCCCAGUCGCCGAACCGGAUGUUUGAGGGACCGAUGUUUGAAUCUCCACCACCCUCGCGUUCUUCCUCGCUGGAGGUGACGGUGCAAACUCAGAUUCAAAGUGCUCUGACAGAUUUACGACGCCUAACAAACAUAUCUCCGACUCUCAAAGUCUUGAACAAUCAAGUGAAAAAGGUCAGUGGCUCGGCUCCAAUAUGCUCUGGAACGUACAGCGAUAUCUGGCUAGGAGAGUUUCUAGGAGAGAAGGUGGCACUUAAAACCUUGCGCAGUAUCACCGACCCUACAAAAGCCAGAAGGAUGACGAAGCGCUAUGAGCACGAAAUAAAUGUUUGGGCAAAGCUCAAACACGACAACAUUCUGACGAUAUAUGGUGUCAUCACUAACUUUGGACCUGUUCACAUCGUGUCGACGUGGCAAGAAAAUGGCAGUGUCCUAGAAUAUCGCAUCAAGAACCCUGAGAUCAACCCCCUUACUUUGCUCACACAAGCGGCGAGGGGCAUCGAGUAUCUUCAUGGAAGCAACAUUGUUCAUGGAAAUCUGAAAUGUAAUAAUAUGCUGGUCUCCUCCGAAGGUGUAGUAUGCAUUGGCGACUUUGGGCAUACUCAGGUCCUAGACGAAGUGCUCGGGAGGGACGCAUUCACCGCUUAUACUGGAUCCUCCAACGUGCGCUGGAACGCCCCAGAACUCUUGAGUGGUGACGAUGUCAAGCCCACGAAAGCCAGUGACGUCUUCGCGUUCGGAAUGUCUAUCCUGGAGCUUGUUACCAAGCAGGCACCCUAUUCGCACAGAAAACGUGAUCUCGCUGUUGUCAUGGAUAUCAACGACGGUCGUUUACCUCUUCGCCCAACCGAGCCGGCAGAUGUCUCGCUGUUGCUGCAUGAUCAACUAUGGGAAGUUUUGAAUAGAUGUUGGUAUUAUGAAGCUCAAGAGCGGAUGAGCAUCGAAGACGUCACGAUCCGUCUUGAGGAAUCGUUGGAAUUGGCAAACGGAAGAGGCGGUGCUGAAAUUGUUCGAUGAGAUGUUGUCCUCUCCCAAAUAGCUUUGGACGUCGCAUGUCACAAUCUAUAUACAUAUGUGAUAUUGUACGCAUUAUUUAAAACGAUCUUAAAGAGAUCUGCGGCUUGACGUUCUGUACCGUGGCCGCUGUACCUUCUACAGCCUUCCGGAUUGACAUCUCGAGUACUUCCCGCACAGAGG